AUGCCUAUAGUUCUUGGCAGAGAUGUAAAUAUCCACUUGAAUGAAGAAAACAGCAUAUAUCACACAUUCAGGAUUCUGCUGCAAAGUCAUGGAUUGUACAUCACAAGUCAUGCUCCAACUAGAGGUGACAACUGCUUGGAUACCAUGGCAACCUCUCUUGACUCCUGGAACUAUGAGGUGGACAUCCAGGAUCCUAUGAUUGCUGAUCAUGACGCUGUCAUAAAGAACAUGUGGCUGAAGUUGGUGAGUGAAACUUCAGAUUCUGUACCUUGGCACUCCAAUUACUUUAAAUCUUCUAGAAAAAUUGACCCUGAGAGGAUUCCACAACUAAAAGCAGCCUUGGCCAACUUGGACUGGACCGAAAUUCUGUCUGACCCAAUGGAUGACCCAGAAGAGCUCUUCAACUCCUUUUUUAAAGAAUUCUCUAACGUGUUUGACAGAAUCUUUUCUGCAAAAAUGACAAGAAUCAAAAAGAGCCAUCUGGCCCAGAAAAUAAAUUCAUGUAGGCAAAAAAGUAAUGCCUGGUAUACGCCUGGGUUACUUCAGCUACAGAGUUUUAUCUUGGCUCUGGAUUGCAGAAGGAAAUCUUGUCUCGAUGAGGAAGAGAAGAAGAACAUCCAUAAUCAAUACAUUAAGGCAAAGAGGAUUUACAGGCAGGAGGUGGACCUUGCAAAAUGGGAGGCUAACAUUAGCUCAAUCAAUCAGGCCAAUAACAAAUGUAAGGCUGCUUGGGACCUAGUAAAAAGUAUUUCAGGACCAAGUAAGCAAAGUUUGAAGCCCAGAGUCAAAGCAAGCCCUGAUGAAUUCAAUAAUUUCCUGAUACGGGAGGUGGAAAAAAUUGUCAGUGCCCUACCAGAAACAGACAGAUCACAGGUGGCUGCUGGCAGACUCUUUCAGCAACCCAGAGAUGGUACUUUAGAAAUGGAGGAAUGGGACCCAGUAACACCAGAAGACAUUAUUCAAAUGGUGAGUCACUUCAGAAAUAAAAAGACUCAAGAUAUCUACGGUAUGUCAAUUGACCUGUUGAAAUCUAUUAUUGAUGUCAUUGCCCAUCCUCUUAGUGUAGUGUUGAAUGCAUGCCUUAGCAAAGGAUAUAUCCCCACAGCCCUAAAACUGGCUAGAACAGUGCCUAUCUUCAAGAAGGGUGACCCUACAGCCCUGAGUAAGGCAUUUGAGUGUGUCCUGCAUGAUAUUCUGCUGGAGAAACUUGAAGUGUAUGGAGUUGUAGGUCGGGUCCUUGCCACCCUGGAAUCCUACCUAACAGACAGAAGGCAGAUCCUUUCGCUGGAGGAAGUUAACUCAGGUCCUCUACAGGUUAAUCAUGGGGUGCCACAAGGAUCAGUGAUUGGACCCCUCCUUUUUCUGAUUAUGAUCAAUGACCUUGGUUUGCUGGGAAGGCAUCCUACUUUUUGCUGA